AUGGUGAACGCUUCCGCCGAGCUGCCACCUUCCCCUCCCCUGCUCGCCUCCCUCAGCCUCCAACGUUUCAGGCCCCGGAAAAGGCAGCCCCCUUCUCUCUUCUCCCCUCCUGCCUCGGUCAAACCCUAGCGCACCCACCCACCCACGCGCUGCCACCGCCCAUUCCCCUGCCUCCCAUGGCGGCGCUCUCCGUGCCCCUCCGCGCCGCCGGACCCCGCGCCGCCGCCGACCCCGUCAAGGUCUCGUGCGCGAGGAGCACUGGCUCAGCUCACUUCGGCUGCAGCUUCCUCUCCAUCGCAGCCUCCUCGUCUGCUAGGAACAUUGAGCCGCUGAGGGCGAUAGCUACACAGGCACCCCCUGCUAUCCCACAAUAUUCGAGUGGGGAGAAGACGAAGAUUGGCAUCAAUGGGUUUGGACGGAUUGGCAGGUUGGUCUUGCGAAUUGCAACCAGCAGAGACGAUAUUGAAGUUGUGGCUGUGAAUGAUCCUUUCAUCGAUGCUAAGUACAUGGCCUAUAUGUUCAAGUAUGACUCCACUCAUGGUCCAUUUAAAGGUUCUAUUUAUGUUGUGGAUGAUACAACCCUGGAGAUCAAUGGGAAGAAAAUCACAAUUACAAGCAAAAGAGAUCCUGCACAGAUUCCAUGGGGUAACUAUGGAGCUGAAUAUGUUGUUGAGUCUUCUGGUGUUUUUACGACGACUGAGACAGCAUCGGCACACUUGAAGGGUGGCGCUAAGAAAGUGGUGAUUUCUGCGCCAUCAGCAGAUGCUCCCAUGUUUGUAGUUGGAGUUAAUGAGAAUAGGUACGACCCAAAGAUGAAUGUUGUUUCUAACGCGAGUUGCACCACCAACUGUCUUGCUCCACUUGCCAAGGUUGUCCACGAGGAAUUUGGCAUUGUUGAGGGCCUCAUGACAACUGUUCAUGCCACAACAGCCACCCAGAAGACUGUUGAUGGUCCUUCAAUGAAGGAUUGGAGAGGUGGACGUGGUGCUGGCCAAAACAUAAUUCCUAGCUCCACUGGUGCAGCAAAGGCUGUUGGAAAAGUCCUACCUGAGCUGAAUGGAAAGCUCACUGGCAUGGCCUUCCGAGUUCCAACACCAAAUGUCUCUGUUGUGGACUUGACAUGCCGUAUCGAGAAAAGCGCCUCCUAUGAUGAUGUGAAAGCAGCCAUCAAGGAGGCAUCAGAGGGUGCACUCAAAGGUAUUCUAGGCUACACAGAUGAGGAUGUUGUUUCCAAUGACUUUGUUGGUGAUUCCAGGUCAAGCAUCUUUGAUGCCAAGGCUGGUAUUGGACUGAGCUCUUCCUUCAUGAAGCUUGUGUCUUGGUACGACAACGAGUGGGGCUACAGCAACCGGGUUCUGGAUCUGAUCGCCCACAUGGCUCUUGUCAGCGCCAAGCAUUGAUGUGUUGAGAAUCCUCCUGUAGCAUAGGAAGGUUGCAAUUUUGUCGGCCCUUUUUCUUUUUUAGAUAUGCCUUGGAAUAAUUUUAAUGUUGAACACAGGCAAAAAGGGACUUGGAUCCGUAGCAGGGGUAAAAUUUGCUCUGUAGCACCCUGGUAUGUGGAAUUGCUGAGUGGAU